UCUUCCUCGCUCACCCUAGACAAAACAUGUUUCUGAAGUCGUGUUCAAAUCGUUAACUGUCCUUACAAGUCUUUGGAUCUUUCCUCAACAAAUUCCACCAAACUCUCGGUCAACGGAUUUGAUGCAAAGCUUUAACCUCUGGGCUGGAUCAAAGUCUGCACCUUUCUGGUAAUUAUUCCCACUGAAACAAAAUUUUGAUGAUCACACGCAUUGAUCUCCCUGAAUCUGAUCUGGGUAAAUGCUUAAUCUCCCUCAUUGGCGUCCUCGAUCCCUGGAUUUGGUUCUGUCAUGAAUAAAUAUCCCUUCGGGUCGAGUAACAAUCCCAACAAGUCAUCAUCAUACUACGCGUACCAAAGAGGUAAUAAUGAUUUUGAUCUAGAGUCAGGUUCCGUCAGAAAAUCAAGAAAGCCCAAGACUUUGUUCGCCAAAAUGUUCGGAACUCGCAUUCACCACUUGUUCAAACUCCACCCGGUCCUCGUUUCCAUCGUCCUCGUCUCCUUUGGGAUCACGGUUUUGAUCUUUCUAUCGUCGAUAUACGAGAGCCAGUUUCGAUCUGCGGUUGCUUACAAGAAGAACGAUCUGGAUAACGAUGUGUAUCCGUUUGCUAAUCUGAAGAACCUCGUGAUGGUUGCUGGGCAUUCUGUUUACACGAGCAGUAACUGCGGUAAGAUGGAUAAAGAGGAGUCGUGGUUCUUGGAGUCUUAUCAGAAGCAUCCGGGUCAGGCUGCGACGUUCUUGAGUCAUAUAGAGGAAGGUGUUGAAGCUGCAGGUAAAGAUGACGAGGCUUUGCUUCUGUUCAGUGGAGGUGAGACUCGUAAAGAAGCUGGACCUCGCAGUGAAGCUCAGAGUUAUUGGGCUGUCGCUGAGUCUAAAGGAUGGUUUGGGAAAGAUGAUGUGAGGUCAAGGGCAUUGACGGAAGAGCAUGCAAGAGACAGCUUUGAGAAUCUUCUCUUUAGUGUUUGUAGAUUCAGAGAGCUCACAGGCUCUUACCCACACAACAUAACAGUAGUGAGCUAUGAUUUUAAGGAGGAGAGAUUUGCGCAUUUGCACCGUUCAGCGAUGGGGUUUCCGGAAUCAAGAUUCAGAUACAUGGGAACGCCAGCUUCACUUGAGUCCAAAGAAGGCGCUCUGAAAGGGGAGGCUAUGGUUAGAGCUCAGUUUCAAGAAGAUCCUUACGGAUGCGUUGGUUCGCUUUGGCGUAAGAAGCUGAAGCGUGACCCUUUCCACAGGACUAUACCUUACCCUAAUGGAUGCCCUGAGAUUAGAGGAUUGUUCAGGUACUGUGGUUCAGCUCCUUUUCCUGGCUCUCUCCCAUGGGACUCAUCUGUGUCAAACCUAUAACUAGACUUUGCUUAGAGGAACAGAUACUUGAUCAAGAGCUUGGUCUCUUUUUGUUUACUUUCAUUAAUGUAAA